AUGGCGUCUGAAGAAGUAGCUUGUGCGGUGAACAACGAUUCCACUGAGAAUGUGAAUGAUAUUGUCCCUAAAAUUCAUAUGUGGUUUGAUACAAUUGAAGAGGUUAAAAGUUUUUACACUGACUAUGCUGUGAGGAGUGGUUUUGGUGUUCGGAUAAGGACUUCUAGGAGAAAUAAGAACAACGACUUAAUCUUCCUUAAAUUAGUUUGCUCUAGGGAAGGGAAGUACCUAUCUUCCAUUGCUCCAGAAUGGAAAACCCAGCCAAGUCAGAAAAACCAAUGUCCAGCUGGAAUAACUGUUGUUAUGAAAGAAGGAAGAUGGCAGGUAAGAACAGUUGUUAUUGAACACAGCCAUGACAUGUGUCCAAAUAACUCCAACCUUAUACGUGGUAAUCGAAGAAUUAAUAUGCAUGUGAAGCACACCCUUAAUAUCAAUGAUAAUUCUGGUGUUCGCAUUAACAAAAGUAUCAUAUCUUUGGUGAAUGAGGCCGGUGGGUUUGAAAAUAUGCAAUUCGUGGAACGUGAUGCCCGUAAUUACAUUGGGCAGCAGAGAAGAACUCUUUGUAAGGAAGGUGAUGGCCAAACACUUUUAAGAUAUUUUUCAAGAAUGAGAGAAUUAAACAAUGAUUUUUUCUAUGAUAUGGAAAUGGACGACGAGAACCGAAUAAGCAGUGUCUUUUGGGCCGAUGCACGAAGUCGCGCAGCAUGUGUAGAUUUUGGUGAUGUUGUGUCGUUUGACACAACCUACCUAACAAACAAAUAUGAUAUGCCAUUUGCACCAUUUGUUGGUGUUAAUCAUCAUGGUCAUUCAAUAUUACUGGGUUGUGCUUUGACUUCUGCAGAGGACACUAGGACAUUCACAUGGUUAUUUUCAACUUGGCUUAGAUGUAUGUCAAACAAGGCUCCUAAAGGUAUCAUGACUGAUCAAUGCAAGGCAAUGUCCAAUGCCAUAAAUGUUGUGUUUCCAAACACAAAACACCGUUGGUGCUUGUGGCACAUAAUGAAAAAAAUACCUGAGAAGUUGCAAGGCUACAAAUGCUAUAAAGCAAUAAAAACUGAACUUAAGAGGCUUGUGUAUGACACAGUCAGUUAUGAAGACUUUGAGUUAGGCUGGGCAAAUUUAAUGUCAUGUCAAGGGUUAGAGAAUAAUGAUUGGCUAAAUUCAUUGUAUGCAGAUAGACAACGAUGGGUUCCUUGUUAUAUGAAACAUCAAUUUUGGGCGGGAAUGUCAACUACCCAACGAAGUGAGGGCAUGAAUGCAUUCUUUGAUGGAUUCAUAAAUUCAAGUACAACACUUCAACAAUUUGUGCAGCAGUACGAUAACGCCCUACGACAAAAAGCGCAAAAAGAACUUGAGGCCGAUUUUUCUUCAAUGAAUACGACUCUACCAUGUGGAUCUCAAUCUCUUAUUGAAAGACAAUACCAAACCGAGUACACACAGGCAAAAUUUGUGGAAGUUCAAAACGAAUUUCGGUCACGCAUGAACUGCUUCAUAAAAAACAUGACAAAAGAAGGUACAAUAACUAGGUACACUGUUAAAGAAGACUUCAUAUGGGAGGGGCAUGAAGAUGUGCGUAAUGUACCAACAAAAUAUGUUUUGCGUAGGUGGAGCAAAAAUGUCCGUAGAAGACAUACUCUCAUUAAAGCAUCUUACACCAACAACAUUGAAGACCCUAAGAUGCAAAGAUACCAAGCUUUGUGUAAGCGUUUCUAUGACAUCGCAGAGGUUGCUUGUGAUUCUGAGACUGCAUCUGAUAACUUGCUUUCGGAUUUAAACUGUAUAGCCAAAACAUUGGGUGUAUGUACAUCAACGACAUUGUCGAUGGUCAAUGAUGCAUCUCACAUGGAUGGACGUCUGCAUUGUAAUGAAGAGGUUCAACCUAGCUGUGAAAUUGAUGGCUUACUUGUGCGCAGUCCUGUAGCUGUCAAACGCAAAGGCCGACCCAGGACAAAAAGGUUGCAAUCAACAGUUGAAAAAAUUACAAAAAAGAAAAAGUCCCAUGCUACUAAAACCAAACAUGCAAGGAAUUCCAAUGUUAGUAAUAGACACACAUGUCGUUUGUCUCUCAACAAUAAAUGCUUCUGGACGAUAUGA